GCUUAUGUUUUGUUGCUUAUGCUCCUAUAUCUUUAGUUCUUGCAAUGGCUGAAUAUAUUUCCUGUCAAGUACUCUUUCCUCUAAAAUCACUAUGAAUGGAUUUUGAGAUAGUAUUUUAUUCUUAAAAAUCUGUAGAUGGAGCGUAGUUUCAUUGCUAUCAAACCCGAUGGAGUUCAGAGAGGGCUGAUCUCCGAAAUUAUAGCACGUUUUGAACGGAAGGGUUUCAAGCUUGUUGCAAUCAAAGUAGUGGUCCCAUCAAAGGAAUUUGCCCAGAAGCAUUAUCAUGACCUGAAGGAGAGACCUUUCUUCAACGGCCUCUGUGAUUUUCUAAGCUCUGGUCCAGCUGUUGCUAUGGCCCAGCCUGUCCGACCAAAGCUAUUGGGUCAGACGGUCUGACUCAAUAGUUUCACUUUUUUUUUUAUACAUAUUGCAUAUUCAACAACUUUGCUUACACAAGGGCCUAUGUGUACAAUCACCAUUAAGCCACCUUGUUUUUUAUAUAUAGGAAAAUUAAAAUUCAUACUCCUAUUUUAGAUUAAUUUACGCAAUUUAAAUUUCAUUCAUAUUCUAUUCCUAUCUCUAAAGGAGCCCAAAGCCAAUUUUAAGAAACAGUAAAGCUUUAUAGGGUCUUUUUAUCCAAUCACCCCCUACUAUAGAUCCCAUACUACCUCCUAUAAACUGAAAAUCCAUAACCCCAAUUGCUACAAUAAUACCGUUUAAUUGACCUAUAUCUGUUUGAACAGCUUCAAUUAAACCUAUAUUUAUUUGAUAAGAAUCAAUAUAAUCUUUAUAAGCUUCCUCUGAAUGAAAUUCAAUAUAACCAAAAAAAACAUAAAAGGAAAAAACACAUAAA